AUGAUGGCUGCUGUCUCUCGUGGAAACGUAUCAAAUCCACUUUUGCUCCCAGAAAUUGUCGCAUCUGUCAUCAACAAUGUUCACAUGGUCCCAGAUCUUUUGAGCUGUGCCUGUGUGAACCACAUUUGGAAUGUGGCAGCCUUAAAGAAGCUCUACAAGGGCUCCCUGAAUGACAUGCAGUUCCGCACGCCUCAUAUUGGAUUACUCAAUUGCCUCUUUGUGGCAUCACGGAAGCGCUUUGCUCGAAAUAUGAGCUUCGUGAAGCAUCUUCUCCUUUCUCCUGAGGAACCUGCAAUUGAUAAAAUGGCACUACCGGAUAGGAGGCUUAUAUGCUAUGAAAAGUGUCGCGCGUUGCGCCAUCGCAAAUAUGCUGAACUCCUUUUGCGGCCGCAAGGAAGGGGUCUGGCAAGCCUUGUCAUCCCCUUUGAGAUCCAGGGUCAAGAUUGGUCUCUCAUGUCCGACCUCCUUCUCACUCCAACCAUUGAGUACUUGGCUAUUGAUAAGUACUACUGUAAACUCUUGCUGGCCAGCCCCAGCUCUUCCCAGGGACUGAUCACCCCCGCUGAUAAGUUCUCAAACCUCAAAGCUCUCACAGUCUACCAAUCAAAUAGUGACCCGAAUAUUGAUGGGCUUUGCCGAUUGCUUGAACGUUGCAAUUUGCAGUUCUUCCACCUUGAGUAA